AUGGUGCAGGCUAUCAAGUGGGUGGAUGAGAUCGUAGAGGGUGCUCCCUAUGUCACCACACUGGACACACUGGACAAAUACAACAGUGACUUCUGCGUCCACGGAGGUAAGAGGGAGGGGGGAGGGAGGGUGGCGGGAGGAGAUGGGGAGGUAAAGGGGAGGGGGAGGACUGAUAGUCCGGGGGGGGGGGGGGGGGGGGGGGGGGGUUAUAUAAUAUAUAUAUAUUUAUUUUAAAGGAGAACAGAGACUCCUCCUCCUUCUAUAUUUCUCUCUUUAUUUAGACAGUUCAGAAUGUAAAUUCCAGGCUAUAGAUGUAGAGCGGCAGAACAGUGUCGGGGGGGGGGGGGGGGGGGGGGGGGGGGGGGAUUCCAUCUCAUGUUGAUGUCAGAAAACUAACUACAACAUUGUCCUUGUUUACCUUAGAUGACAUCACUCUGACGGUGGACGGUAAGGACACGUAUGCGGAGGUGAAGAGAGAGGGCCGGUACCGGGAGUGCAGACGCACCCAGGGGGUCUCAACCACAGACCUGGUGGGGCGCAUGCUGCUCAUGACUAAAGCCCACCACAGCAACAUCGUGAGUACUACACAGACAUGCAGCACACACACACACACACACAGAGCACUCUGACCCUACAGUCACCUUAGUGUGUGUGUGUGUGUGUGAACCAGUGGAGGCUGCUGAGGGGAGGACGGCUCAUAAUAAUGGCUGGAACGGAGCGAAUGGUAUGAAACACAUGGAAACCAUGGAAACCAGGCGUUUGAUGUAUUUGAUAACGUUCCAUUGAUUCCGCUCCAGCCUUUACCACCAGCCCGUCCUCCCCAGUUACGGUGCCACCAACCUCCUGGGGCUUUACACUGUUGUAAUGGCAGAAUUCACACAAGCAAAACUCUCCCUCUGUCGGUUUACAGGACAACUCAGACUACCAACAGCACACAGACAACUUUGGGAAGGUAAAUAUUACUAUUCAAAUAUAUUCUGAAGCGGAACUGGAGAUGAAAAACUAUUUUUUGUUGUGGAUUAUUCUGAACACAUGGGGGCGCAAUUACACUGCUCAAUACAACCAUGGUGUGCUGUACAUCACAAUGAAAAUAGUACUGUAGUAUAUUCAGAUGAAACGUUUCAGAAAGUUGCAAAUAUAAAUGUAAGUACGUUUUUUUGGAAACAAAAUGUAUCUUUGGAACAACCACGUGAGACUGCUUUCUGAGGAGUUACUUCCCCAGGCUUUCCAACAACUGUGAGAAGCCUGGUUUUCUGAAGCUAGGGUUUGGAGUAUAACUGACCCUUCCUCUCUAUCUCUCCUGCCCUCCAUGUUCUUCCCAGGGUCCUAAGGGCCACAGUCCAUGGACGGGAGUGUCCCAGUUCCUCCAGACGUCCCAGAAGAUCAUCCAGUUUGCCUCAGGACAGGAGCCCCAACCUGGGGACACCAUCAUCUACGUAGCCGGGGCCUUCGACCUCUUCCGUAUCCUUAUGUACCGCUGUGUCUGUGAGAGAGACAGAGUCAAAGGGUGUUUGUUUGUCUGUGAGAGAGACACAGACAAAGGGUGGUUGUUUGUGUGUUUGUGUGUGAGAGAGACACAGACAAAGGGUGGUUGUCUCUCUCUCUCUGUGUGUGUGUUAUUACCUUGACCACUCCUCUCCGUCAGACAUUGGUCAUGUUGACUUCCUGGAGACGGUCUACAAACAGGCUGAGAGGCCUUACGUCAUCGUGGGACUGCACUUUGACCAGGUAUGUACACACACUUAAACACACACGUUCAGCAAACGCCAUCAGAUUCUCUAUGGAGAAUGUGGUUUUAUAACCCUGUAGACACGAUGGGGGGGGGGUAUGCAUGCAAACCUGACUUUCCUACUGUUUCACUGGCCAGCUCACACACACACAGGCCCAUGGUACGCACAGACACACACACACUGUUAAAGAGAAACAUGUGGAUCCAAUUGACUGUACAUUUUAUGAAGGAUUGAUGUACAGGUCUAAUAAAGCUACAGAGGGCCUCGCUGCUCGUGUUCCCCAAUCUGUUUCACAUUCCAAUAAAACAUGCUGCCAUUGGUUGAGAGCCAGUAUAAAUACUCUGUCAUUGGUCCUCAACUGUGGGGGGGGGGGGGGGGGUUAUCCUAUUCCUUUUAGAUACUGUUCUAAGGUCAGUUGUGAUGGAAUGCUGAAGGAUCAAUCCUAGCACGAGGAGACUGUGCUCAACUCAGUCUUCGUGUAAAAAAAGUCUGCUUGGAACCAAAAAUAGAUUAAAAAAUAUAUAUAUAUAAUGGAAAAAGGGCCAAAUCUUAAGCUUCACCAUUAGUGGGGAACACAAAACUGACCUAAGAUCAGUGUCUAGAGGCAACGUUAACCUACUUCACUUUGUAACCUCCCAUAGACUUAGAUAGACACCACUAUUGGCCAAAAACAUGGGCAUUGAGGACUUUCACCAUUUUGAAGUAGUCAACUGGGCUCACAUUGUUCUAUCCAGGUCAUCAGGAGGGAUCAGCCAAUUAAUUAUACUCGUGAGCAAACACUCCAUAACAUCAGGUGGCAGUAAAUCGGCAACCUUGGCUUUCUACCUGUUCAAACAACACACUCCAGGUGGCAGUAUGCACCCUUUCAGUUUGUUUACCAACUCAUAGAAGUAGUAGAAGAAGAAAAUGGACCACUUCAAAAUGGAGAUGGCCUCAAUGGCGCUGCCCCUGCUCUCACAGACGCCAUAAUGGGACAGAUACAAUGAUGCGAUGUCUAUCGAAGUCUAUGUAACCUCCGUUACCCCUGUUUCACAUUGCAAUAAAGCCUCCUGUCAUUGGUCGAGAGCUAGUAAAAUAUCCUGACAUUGGUCGAAAGCCAGUAAAUAGCCUGUCCAUUGGUUGUUGUGUUUUUCUGUCAACCAGGAAGUGAAUCGCUACAAAGGGAAGAACUACCCAAUCAUGAACAUCCACGAGAGAACCCUGAGUGUCCUGGCCUGCAGGGUGAGAACAGACACACGCUUCUUUGUAACCCCCUGGGCUCAGUAGUCACAGACUGUUAAAGCUAUGUCCACACACACUGAAGGACGGUAGGCUCUCUCCUCCAUUCAGCUCUCAUCAGACCAGCUACAGAACAAUGAGCCUCUGUCCUCCCGGUGUCUGUGUGUGUUCAUCUCAAACCAUAUGUUUGUGUGUGAUUGCAUGCAUAUUUUAAUGUGUGUGUGUCGAUGUGUCCUGAGAAUGUGUUUUAUGAAGUCGUUAUCCGAAUCCAAAACAGCACUCGAUUGCUCAAACCACACAAAGGGUAUUUAUACACAAACACACAGGAUUACGCAAUUCCAUAACCAUUCAGCGUUAACACAAAGCCUGAAACUGUCUCCCUGUCCUGUGCCAGAGCUAUAACUCAAUGUCUAAGACACAGUGUUGAUAGUCAGCCCUCGACCUAAACACAACCAUUACACAACACUCACAACAACACACUCCGACCCCUCAACUUGCUCUGUUAUUUUGUUUGUUUAUUUAUUUUCUAUCAUGUAACUUGGUUCUCUCUCUCCCUCUCUCACUCACUCACUCACUCACACACACACACACACACACACACACACACACACACACACACACCUCCUCCUCCAGUAUGUAUCAGAGGUGGUGAUCGGGGCUCCCUACGCUGUGGGUAAAGAUCUGCUGGACCACUUCAAGGUGAGACACACACACACACACAGAGAGACAAACAGGAAGACCCAGACACAUUGAAACAACGGUAUUGUUUGACUGGGAGAAGAGACAGACAUCUUUCCUAACAUGCCUAGCUUCUCUACGGGGGAAACAUGUACAAUGACCUGUAGUGUGUUUAAACGGACCUUUGUCCUGUGUGUAUGGGACUGGGCAUUGUUCCCGACUGGGGUGCUGUAGUAGGGACCGGCUGGUAGUGGAUAGCAGACAGUCUACAGACUGGGGUGCUGUAGUAGGGACCGGCUGGUAGUGGAUAGCAGACAGUCUACAGACUGGGGUGCUGUAGUAGUGACCGGCUGGUAGUGGAUAGCAGACAGUCUACAGACUGGGGUGCUGUAGUAGGGACCGGCUGGUAGUGGAUAGCAGACAGCUACAGACUGGGGUGCUGUAGUAGUGACCGGUCUGGUAGUGGAUAGCAGACAGUCUACAGACCUGGGGUGCUGUAGUAGUGACCGGACUGGUAGUGGAUAGCAGACAGUCUACAGACUGGGGUGCUGUAGUAGUGACCGGCUGGUAGUGGAUAGCAGACAGUCUACAGACUGGGGUGCUGUAGUAGUGACCGGCUGGUAGUGGAUAGCAGACAGUCUACAGACUGGGGUGCUGUAGUAGGGACCUGGCUGGUAGUUGAGAUUAGCAGGACAGUCUACAGACUGGGGUGCUGUAGUAAGUGAACCGGCUGGUAGUGUAUAGCAGACAGUCUACAGACUGGGGGCUUAGUAGUGACGGCUGGUAGUGUAUAGCAGGAAAGUAUAAAGACUGGGGUGCUGUAAGUAGUGACGGUGGUAGUGUAUAUAGCAGACAGUCUACAGAUGGGGGUGCUGUAGUAGGACCGGCUGGGAGUGCGAUAGCAGCCCGUCUACAGACUGCGGGGUGCUGUAAGUAGUGACCGGCUGGUAGUGGAUAGGCAGACAGUCUACAGACUGGGUGUGCUGUAGUAGUGACGGCUGGUAGGGGAUUAGCAGACAGUCUACAGACAGGGGGGUGCUGUAGUAGUGACCGGCUGGUAGUGGAUAGCAGACAGUCUACAGACUGGGGUGCUGUAGUAGUGACCGGCUGGUAGUGGAUAGCAGACAGUCUACAGACUGGGGUGCUGUAGUAGUGACCGGCUGGUAGUGGAUAGCAGACAGUCUACAGACUGGGGUGCUGUAGUAGUGACCGGCGGUAGUGGAUAGCAGACAGUCUACAGACUGGGGUGCUGUAGUAGUGACCGGCUGGUAGUGGAUAGCAGACAGUCUACAGACUGGGGUGCUGUAGUAGUGACCGGCUGGUAGUGGAUAGCAGACAGUCUACAGACUGGGGUGCUGUAGUAGUGACCGGCUGGUAGUGUAUAGCAGACAGUCUACAGACUGGGGUGCUGUAGUAGUGACCGGCUGGUAGUGUAUAGCAGACAGUCUACAGACUGGGGUGCUGUAGUAGUGACCGGCUGGUAGUGUAUAGCAGACAGUCUACAGACUGGGGUGCUGUAGUAGGGACCGGCUGGUAGUGGAUAGCAGACAGUCUACAGACUGGGGUGCUGUAGUAGUGACCGGCUGGUAGUGGAUAGCAGACAGUCUACAGACUGGGGUGCUGUAGUAGUGACCGGCUGGUAGUGGAUAGCAGACAGUCUACAGACUGGGGUGCUGUAGUAGUGACCGGCUGGUAGUGUAUAGCAGACAGUCUACCAGUGGCGGCUCCUGAAAAAAUUCUCAGGGGGGGCAAUUUUUCUGACGAUUUAGGUGACCUACACACAUUUUUAAAAAGAUAUGUCCAGCAACAACAUGAAGACAGGGGCAGCAUAUAAGUCAAUACCAGAAGCAUUUAUUGACUGAUCUCAAAAGUGUUGGCUUACAAAAUCAAAAUAAGUUAUCACAGUAAAAUUAAUCAAGGGUGUUCUUUCACAUUCCUCAACACUGCAUAAAUAAUAUGCAUUUCCAUAAACAAAUUAAAUAUCAGCUGAAAAUACAGCAUCUUGGUAUUUGUUCAGAUUGCAGGAUCAACAAGAGCUUUUACCACAUUUUUUGCCUCAUGGUUGAAUUGGAAAUAUGUGCACCUGAGCAUAAUUCACAACAAGCAAGCAGGAGCUUUUGAUAGAGGCUACUGAAAACAUUGAUGCAAGUUAUUGGUAAUAAGAAAUUUUUAUAGACUUCCAUAUUCUGCCCUCUUGUAUAGAUUUGUGAAAAUGAACAGUGAUAGACAUUUCGCCUGAAAACAGAAUUUGAAAGUAAUUUCUAGAAAAGGUAAACACAGCUAUCUGUAUGGCUUUGUAAAAAUGAACAACCAUAUUCUGGCCAAUUGUAUAGAUUUGUAAAUAUGAACAACCAUAUUCUGGCCAAUUGUAUAGAUUUGUAAAAAUGAACAUGAACAGAUUUUUUAUUUUUUUGAAUGGCAGUACCUUUCAAACAUGUCUGCUUGCAGUAAGGUAGCACUCACAAGGUGGCCAGAGAAAGAUAACCUUUCUUUGGUGUGAUCCAGGAUGGUGUUGCAGACCUCUUCAGACAGCCUCUGCUUCUCCUCUUCUCUCAAAGCUGUUCUGGGUCUUUUGGCUCCUGUUGCUUCUUGCAGCUGCUGUUGAGAGGAGUCCCUGAAGGCAAACAGACCAAUGUGUUUGUUGGCUUUGUACAGUAUUGUUGUCUAUGUGAAUGAACCCGUGAAUGAAUGAACCCGUCCGGAUGGCUUCAAAACAUUCUAUGAGGUCGUCUCGAUUCUCGUAGACAGUGUUCACGACUCUGCUGUUGCUAACCUCAUCGUUGUGGCGGCGGACAGCUAGUGUCGUAGUAAAUAUAUUCACUCUCCCCAAAGCAGACAAUCUCAAACAGCUAUCCAUGUGGGUCUUUGACAGCUCAUUUUUCUUAAUCUUUUCUGAAAGAUGGUGCAUGUCGGUUACACCAGUCGCUGUCCAAGCGGUGCUGUCUGCCGUGCCGCCUUCAGGGUGAAAGAGUAGUUUCUUAGUUACGUUCAUGGUUACGUUACGUAUGACGAAAGCGCGUAAGUGCAAGCCCUCAGAAACCCAUAGAGAUUGUAUUGAAAGCUCUGAUAUUUGAAAAAAAUAUAUUUUACAUUAGAGGCUAUGAGAGACUUCUGGGCGAUUUUCAACCUGACUGAAAUCGCCCCAAAACGGGCGGGGACAUUUGAAGCACGACUUUAGCCUGAUUGGACAUUUAGUGGCAGUCAGAUCAGACGUCUAGAUUAGAACACUGAACUACUGUUGCCGUGAUAUAAUUGAUUAGAAAAAAAAUCCCUUCCUUUUCCCGUUUGGCAGUGCGUCGCCCAUAUCGCCCUAAUGAACACACCGCCCCUGCAGUCUACAGACUGGGGUGCUGUAGUAGUGACCGGCUGGUAGUGGAUAGCAGACAGUCUACAGACUGGUGUGCUGUAGUAGUGACCGGCUGGUAGUGGAUAGCAGACAGUCUACAGACUGGGGUGCUGUAGUAGUGACCGGCUGGUAGUGUAUAGCAGACAGUCUACAGACUGGGGUGCUGUAGUAGGACCGCUGGUAGUGGAUAGCAGACAGUCUACAGACUGGGGUGCUGUAGUAGUGACCGCUGGUAGUGUAUAGCAGACAGUCUACGACUGGGGUGCUGUAGUAUGACCGGCUGGUAGUGGAUAGCAGACAGUCUACAGACUGGGGUGCUGUAGUAGUGACCGCUGGUAGUGGAUAGCAGACAGUCUACAGACUGGGGUGCUGUAGUAGUGACCGGCUGGUAUGGAUAGCAGACAGUCUACAGACUGGGGUGCUGUAGUAGGGCCCGGCUGUAGUGGAUAGCAGACGUCUACAGACUGGGGUGCUGUAGUAUGGACCGGCUGGUAGUGGAUAGCAGACAGUCUACAGACUGGGGUGCUGUAGUAGGGACCGGCUGGUAGUGGAUAGCAGACAGUCUACAGACUGGGGUGCUGUAGUAGUGACUGGCUGGUAGUGGAUAGCAGACAUACUACAGAUGUCCCUCUCUUGCUAGUUCUCUCUCCCUCUCUCUCUCGCUAGUUCUCUCUCCCUCUGUCGCUAGAUCUCUCUCCCUCUGUCUCUCGCUAGUUCUCCCUCUCUCUCGCUGUCUCUCUCUCUCCUAGCUCUCUCUCCCUCUCUCUCUCGUUAGUUCUCUCUCCCUCUGUCUCUCGCUAGCUCUCUCUCCCUCUGUCUCUCGCUAGUUCUCUCUCCCUCUGUCUCUCGCUAGUUUCUCUCCCUCUGUCUCUCGCUAGCUCUCUCUCCCUCUGUCUCUCGCUAGCUCUCUCUCCCUCUGUCUCUCGCUAGCUCUCUCUCCCUCUGUCUCUCGCUAGUUCUCUCUCCCUCUGUCUCUCGCUAGUUCUCUCCCUCUGUCUCUCGCUAGCUCUCUCUCCCUCUGUCUCUCGCUAGUUCUCUCUCCCUCUGUCUCUCGCUAGUUCUCCCUCUCGCUAGUUCUCCCCCUCUCUCUCGCUAGAUCUCUCUCUCUCUCUCUCUCUCUCUCUCUCUUAGUUCUCUCUCCCUCUGUCUCUCGCUAGUUCUCUCUCUCGCUAGAUCUUUCGCUCUCCACUAGUUCUCUCUCACUCUUGCUAGUUCUCUCUCUCUCGUUAGUUCUCUCUCUCUCUCUCGCUAGCUCUCUCCCUCCCUCUCUCACUAGCUCUCGCUCUCCCUCUCUCCCUCGCUAGUUCUCUACUUCAAAGCAAGUAAAGUAGAUAAUAAACAAAAGUGAAAUAAACAAUCAAAAUUAACAGUAAACAUUACACACAAAAGUUCCAAAAGAAUAAAGACAUUUCAAAUGUCAUAUUAUGUGCAAAUAGUUAAAGUACAAAAGGGAAAAUAAAUAAACAUAAAUAUGGGUUGUAUUUACAAUGGUGUUUGUUCUUCACUGGUUGCCCUUUUCUUGUGGCAAAAAGUCACAAAUCCUGCUGCUGUGAUUGCACACUGUGGUAUUUCACCCAAUAAAUAUGGGAGUUUAUCAAAAUUGGGUUAGUUUUCGAAUUCUUUGUGGGUCUGUGUAAUCUGAGGGAAAUAUGUGUCUCUAAUAUGGUCAUACAUUUGGAAGGAAGUUAGGAAGUGCAGCUCAGUUUCCACCUCAUUUUGUGGGCAGUGUGCACAUAGCCUGUCUUCUCUUGAGAGCCAGGUCUGCCUACAGUGGCCUUUCUCAAUAGCAAGGCUAUGAUCACUGAGUCUGUACAUAGUCAAAGCUUUCCUUAAUUUUGGGUCAGUCACAGUGGUCAGGUAUUCUGCCACUGUGUACUCUCUGUUUAGGGCCAAAUAGCAUUCUAGUUUGCUCUGUUUUUUUGUUAAUUCUUUCAAAUGUUUCAAGUAAUUAUCUUUUUGUUUUCUCAUGAUUUGGUUGGGUCUAAUUGUGUUGCUGUCCUGGGGCUCUGUGGGGUCUGUUUGUGUAUGUGAACAGAGCCCCAGGACCAGCUUGCUUAGGGGACUCUUCUCCAGGAUCAUCUCUCUGUAGGUGAUGGCUUUGUUAUGGAAGGUUUGGGAAUCGCUUCCUUUUAGGUGGUUGUAGAAUUUAACGGCUCUUUUCUGGAUUUUGAUAAUUAACGGGUUUUGGCCUAAUUCUGCUCUGCAUGCAUUAUUUGGUGUUUUACGUUGUACACUGAGGAUAUUUUUGCAGAAUUCUGCAUGCAGAGUCUCAAUUUGGUGUUUGUCCCAUUUUGUGAAUUCUUGGUUGGUGAGCGGACCCCAGACCUCACAACCAUAAAGGGCAAUGGGUUCUAUAACUGAUUCAAGUAUUUUUAGCCAGAUCCUAAUUGGUAUGUUGAAUUUGAUGUUCCUUUUGAUGGCAUAGAAGGCCCUUCUUGCCUUGUCUCUCAGAUCGUUCACAGCUUUGUGGAAGUUACCUGUGGCGCUGAUGUUUAGGCCGAGGUAUGUAUAGUUUUUUGUGUGCUCUAGGACAACGGUGUCUAGAUGGAAUUUGUAUUUGUGGUCCUGGCAACUGGACCUGUUUUGGAACACCAUUAUUUUUUUGUCUUACUGAGAUUUACUGUCAGGGCCCAGGUCUGACAGAAUCUGUGCAGAAGAUCUAGGUGCUGCUGUAGGCCCUCCUUGGUUGGGGACAGAAGCAGCAGAUCAUCAGCAAACAGUAGACAUUUGACUUCAGAUUCUAGUAGCGCUCUCCCUCUAGCUCUCUCUCUCACUUUUCCACUGUUUCCCUCCGUCUAUGGUAGUUAAUGGUAGCCUUGCAGGCCAGGGUUGAAGUUCCUGGUGAAUAAGCCAAGGUGAACCAAGACACCAUAAGGUGUACCAUAGAUAUCUCCUUUCUUCUACUACAAAUGUGGAUGAUCGUAUAUGUUAUACCAUAGAUAUUAUUGAUCUGUUAUACCGUAGGAAUGUAUGAUUAGGUUAUACUAUGUAUAAGUAUGAUCAUAAAGGUUAUACCAUAGAUAUUAUUGAUCAUAUCUUAAAAUGGUCCAUGUCACUUCCUGUUAUACCAUAGAUAUGUAUGAUCAAUCGUGUAGGUUAUACUAUAGAUAUUAUUGAUCCUAUUGACUAUACUCUUAUGAUCUAUGAUGUCACUUCUUGUAGGUGGACCUGGUGUGUCAUGGGAAGACGGAGGUGUUUCCUGACAAGGACACUUCAGACCCUUACGCUGUGAGUACUGACUGUGUGUGUGUGUGUUUGUCUGUGUGUUUUGCAGUAUUCGUGAGUGAUUAUCUGUCUUUUUGUGUGAUUGCAUGUUAUUGUGUGUGUGUGUCCCCCCCAGGAGCCUAAGAAGAGAGAUAUCUUCCGUACAGUAGACAGUAGUAACUGUCUGACCACCGAUGACAUCGUCCAGAGAAUCAUCAAGAACAGGUAAGGGCCUCUCUCACACAGUAGCCUUGAAGUGUCUGUCUGUCUGUCUGUGUCUGUCUCACCCAUCUAUCACUGUCUACCUUCUGUCUCCCCUCUCUCCCUCAUCUGGUCCUCUCCCCCUCAUCUGGUCACCUCUGCCCCCUCAAUCUGGUACAUCCCCCCCCCCCUCAAUCGCUGGUCCUCUCUCCCCCCCUCAUCUGGGUCUCUCUCCCCCCCACUCAUCUGGUCCUCUCCCCCCCUCAUCUGGUCCUCUCCCCCCCUCAUCUGGUCCUCCCCCCCGCCUCAUCAUGGGUCCCCCCCCCCCCCUCCCCAUCUGGUCCCCCACCCCCCCCCCUCAUCUGGUCCCCCACCCCUCAUCUGGUCCUCUCCCCCCCUCAUCUGGUCCUCUCCCCCUCAUCUGGUUAUUUUUCAUCCAUCUCUCCCUCCUUAUUUAUUUGGUAUUAUUUCAUGUUUGUAAAUCCUGUGAAGCUUCUUGUAUUGCUACCUUGCACAAAAUGCGCUACACAAAUAAAAGUUUGUUUGGUUCUCUCGCUCCAGGCUGCAGUUUGAGGCGAGGAACCAGAAGAAGGAGGCGAAGGAGAUUGCGGUGUUUGAGGCGAUGAAGCGCCAGGCAGAGGGAGAGCAGGCUGGGGACAAGGCCCAGGCAGCACAGCAACCAGAUCAAACUAGUUCAAACCAGAUCCAGCUGUCCCAAAACUGAUCCUAACCCAGCGUUUCCCAAACUGGAGAAACUCUGAAAUAACUUAUUUUUUAAAAAUAGCGCUUGGUUCAUAGAACUGGGGUUGUCAGUAACCUCCGGUAGCUGCUUGAUCUGGUUGUAAUAAUUAGAACGGUUUUUGUUUUCUUCCUACAAAUGUGGCUAUCUUUUGAACGGUUUAAUCUACGGUUUCCCUCUACAAUGCCCAGAAGCCUCAGAACAGAGUGGACAAGAACAGGAACUAAAUCAGACUGGAGGAAAAAUAACAAAUGAUGUUAUUUUCUACACAGAUCAUACAACAUUAUUGUCUGAUCUUUUGAACUUCCCAAUACCUUUGACGCAUUUGGCACUUCAAAUCAUACUUCCUUCAGAUUGAAAUACUGUCAAAUGUUCUGUCAGACUGGUUUGUAGUAGACUGUCAUAGCCCCAAUUAAGAAAGCAAACAUUGGCUGUUGAUUUCAUCACUUUUUGUCACGAGUGUCUGCCAGUUUUCACUCCCUUGGACUUGAUGACUUAAGGUCAGUAAUUAAUAAGGAACUCCCCUCACCUGGUUGUCUAGGUCUUAAUUGAAAAGAAAAACCAAAAACCUGCAGACACUAGGCCCUCCGUGGCAUGAGUUUGACACCCCUGUCCCAGCCGAACCGGUUCCACCUGACCCAAACCGGAUCAGAUCAAACUGCAGAACCAGACUUUAACAAAGACUCAAACCAAGACCCACCCCCCCCCACCAGCUAACGAGAACACAAAAAUAACCCUCUCCCCCUGUCAGUGGAGGCUGCUGAGGGGAGGACAGCUCAUAAUAAUGGCUGGAAUGGAGUGAAUUAAAUCUUAUCAAACAUGCGAAAACAAUGUGUUUGAUACCAAUUCCAUUCCGGCCAUUAUUAUGAGCCGUCCUCCCCUCAGCAGCCUCCACUGUCCCCUAUACACACCCCCUCUCUCUCCUUCGUGGUUACCAGCUCACCUGAGAAUCCUAACUGUCCUAGCUACCCAUGCUGCUUAUCACACGUUCAGGCAGAAAGGAAGAGAGAGGGAAGACACCAAGACUGA